ACAACACUAGCGCACCGCCGCGCCGUCAAGCGAUCGAUGGCGUCGUUUUACGUUUGUUUCGUGAAAAUAAAUAGUUGUAAUGUGUGUUUGUCUACUCGAGUUAGUUAGUUUUUAGGAAUUAUUAUGAGAAACAUAUUAUCUGUGAAGUUAAGUUAGUAAAACGUAAAAAUGGAUCCUAAAACUACGGAUUGGCGAGCCGGUCCAAAUGUUUGUCGUUGUUGUUUAGCGGAAGGGUGUUAUAAGGACAUUUCUACGGAAUAUUUUUGGAUGGGGAAGCGUGAAGUAUACGCUGAAAUGCUUUCCGAGACCCUUAAUCUAAGUAUUGCCUAUUCAAACUCCGGCGGUCCAAACAGCAACAGUCGACUGAUAUGUGAACUAUGUAUAUCUCGAUUACGGGACGCCUCGGACUUCAAGCGGCAGGUCCAGGAGUGUGAGCGGACGUUUCUACGGCAUUUAGACCCAGGCAGCUCAUCGAUGGUCGGCGAGGUUGAAGUGACUGUGGAGCCAACAGAAAUAGAUCCAGACGUAAAACUGGAACACGUGAAACAGGAGAAGGCGGUGAGCGAUGAUGAUGAUGACUUCGACGAACGAUGCGGAUUCGAUGAAGACGAUGAUGACGAUCUUGACGAUCAACCCCUAACGAGACUAGCAAGCAGGAUACCUAAAAAGGAGUCUGUAGACCUCCUAGACCUCCUCGAUAACACUAAAGCGACGGAAAAGAGGAAGUCGUCAUCGAAAACUAAAACAGUGCCCGCCAAAAAGGCUAAAACUAUCAAGAAGGAUGUCAAAGCGACCUCUAGCAAGGCACCAGUUAAAACUGAGAAGAAGAAAAAAGGGUCCACAAAGGAUAUUGACGGACUUGAAAGUAAACCAAAACAAAGAUUGUUCGAACGGUCCGUGGGCCAGAACCCGCAAAGGCAGAACGCUGUUCUAGUACUUAAGCACUCGACAGCUUUCCCUUUUAAGACCCGUUUCAAUAGAAUCGUCUGUUCCUACUGCCACGAUGAGUUUGAGCCAAUGGCCGCGUUGAGGGAACAUAUGAAAGCCGAACAUUCCACUGCUGACUACAACAGCGCUUUCUAUAAAGUCUACGAUGCCCUAAAAGUAGAAAUUACUGAUUUAAAGUGCAACAUGUGUUCACAAGACAUUCCUGAUAUAGAUAAUUUUAUGAACCAUAUUUCGCGUGAUCACAAAAUUAAAGUCAACUUUGAUGUACCUUUCGGAGUUCUGCCUUAUAGACAGGCACCUUCUGGGCGAUGGACUUGUCUGGAAUGCGAUAAAACAUUCCCAAAAUUCUCACAAAUAAAUGUUCAUUUAAGGACGCAUAUGAAAAUUUUCACUUGCGACAAAUGCGGUGCUACUUUUCUGUCAGAUCAUGGUUUAAGACAGCAUGAGCGUAAUUUCAAAUGCUAUAAAUCCUCUUACAAUCCACGUUUCGGAAAAGCCUUGAAAUACAAAAGCAAUACGGAAAUCAUUCUAGAAUGUUCCACCGCUUGUCCGUUUAGAACUUGGGGACAGAAUUUCAACUGUGUAUUUUGCCGAGUGCAAUCAAAUGACCCUAUAGGUUUGAGAGCCCACAUGGCUUCUCGGCACGCGAAUUUUGAUAUCCAACUAGUCUUUAGCAGAAAAAUACGAAAAGAAUUCUUAAAAGUGGACAUAACAGACUUGCAGUGCAAACUUUGUUUUAUACCAAUUGAGACUUUAGAUGACUUAAUGACCCAUCUUAAGAAUGACCACAAACAACCUUUGAAUGCAGACGUACAACCAGGCGUCCUACCAUUUAAACUAAACGAUGGAACAAACUGGAAAUGUGCGAUUUGUAAAAUACAGUUCUCAGACUUUAUAUCCUUAAAGAAGCACACGGCUGAACAUUAUCAGAAUUAUGUAUGCGAUACCUGUGGGGAGGGCUUUAUAACUGAGUCCGCUUUAAAAGCACACACGAAAAUACCGCACGACAACAAAUAUAAUUGCAGUCGAUGCGUAGCAACAUUCACAACUUUAGAAGAGCGAAAUGUUCACAUUAAAACACAGCAUACGACUUUACCAUACAUGUGCGUUUACUGUAAAGAAAAACCGAGGUUUGCAACUUGGGAAUUAAGGAAGCGGCAUCUAAUGGAGUUUCAUAAUUACAAGCCAGGAGCUGAAAUGUAUGAAUGUACGACUUGUCAUAUGACCUUUAAGACUCGUUCUCAGAAGUAUCAUCACAAUGUUAAAGCACAUAGAACUAAGAAAGAGACAGAGUAUAGCUAUCCUUGUGCCAAUUGUCCAAGAGCCUUUGCUUCUAAAUUGUCCCUCGAUAAACAUAUCGCGAAAAAACAUUUUCAUGUAUGAUGUCUUUAGGAGUUUAUGGAAUUUAUGGCCGUUUCCACCAACCUCUUUUAAUUAACACCAACGUCAUUUUGGAUUUUACCAACCUAUAAGUGAUACGUUACAAUACUACAAGUAAGAGUGUAGUUCAGGGGUCCUAACGUUAACUAGUUCUCAGUGAAGAGGUGGUUGGCCAAAACCGUCAUAGUUAAGUAUUUUUUUAACAUCACAUAUUAAGUUAUCUUUUCGUUAAACUCAGAAUAAAGAAGUAGAAAAUGAAAUCAAAUGCAACUUUUGUAAUGCUGGGGUUACAUUAGCGGGUGAAGAUUUUUACCCCAUUGGAGCGCAAAACAUCCCUUCUGGGACAUACACAAUGUUCUUCUCUACAUUGGCGGGUAUUGUCUAGAUUCUGAAAGCGGCCUACGGCGAAUAUUCGUUGUUUAGUUGUGCGGCAGGCGAUGGAGGAAGCAGUUUUCGUUACUCCACUCCAUAGUGUACAAAAACACUAGGAUGUCAGUCCCACUUCAAGGUCUGGACGAUACUGAAGUGACGUAGAUGUGGCGACUCAACCGAAUAUUGUCGCGAAAAGCUCGCCAGUUAAAUAAGAAAUUUUAUUUAUCACGGUAAUUUUCAAGUUUAACCAUUGCGUAAUUCGGCCUUUGUACGAUUUCCAAAACUAUUCAUUUUGGAAUUAAAAUGUGUGGCUAAACUCGUCGCUACUGUUAAAUAUAUUAUAAGCAAACGAAAUAUAAGUAAAAAUAGAGAAGCUAUCGACACACACAUUUAUUACGUCUUCAAUUGUUUUACAAAUUCGCGGGCUCCGCCUCGCACAUAGAUAAUAUAUCACCAUAGACUGUACUAUGACCAUAGAGUAUACCACAGAUACACAACACCGACAGUGCCCCGAAUCUCGAUGGUACAUCGUCUGCACGCGAAUAUAUCGUGUUGCAAUGAUGUAUCCGGCCACAUGCAUCGCCGUAGCCCGCUAAUGUAGCCCCACUAUAAUGAAAAUACUAGUAUUUGUAUAUUGUGGUUAUUUUAUUUUAGACGCGAUGGUUGCUAUCAAGAGGAAAUGCUCAUAUUAACUAAAAUAUAUUUUAAGUCAAAUGAUCUGCCUAGGUUACGUAUGAGCCGGAGCUGCGGACUACCUAACGGGACAUAUAUAUACUAUACCUAUACCAAAGCUCCGGCUCAAAGCAGUAGAGUAGAAAUGGGGUGGUUUUUAGUCAAUAAAAGUCUGAUAAUUCUUCUCGCCACCAAAGGCGGGAGAAGGUAUUGGACGAUUCCCCUUUGAGGAGGGCUCAAGAAAGGUUAUGUAUGAGAGAGUGAGAUAACAAAGCGUACACUAUAUGUGUAUUUAAAAAAAUCUUAAAUACCAUAAUCACAAUGGGAGCUACUCUUUCUUUGUUCACAAGAUGGCGCUAAUCUAGGAAGAAGUCUGUUUGUCCAAUCACUGUAUUGGUCAAAUAUUAAACGUCCAAUGAUGUGAUAGCUAAUUCCCUAUUGGACGAAAGAUGAGAGUACACACUAGCACCAUCUAGUGAGCAAAAAUACAGUUGUCCCCAUUGCAUGACUAUAAAGUCUGUAUACUGCCAUUACUGUGUAAUUUUUAUUCUAAUUUUAACAAUCGUCGGUGCGCCUGCCAAAACUGAUAUGUGCAAAUAUUUGGUUUUUUUUCUUAGCUAGAUGUCCUUCAAAUCGGAUAGCGCAUCGAGUACAAAAACAAAUAUGUGUUAUUUCCCUACAGAAAUCGAUUAGACCAAUCUUAUAUGUGCACUUUCUGGCCAUGAAAAAUUGGUUAUGUGUUCGAUUGGUUACGGUUAUGUGACAUAAAACGCACAUGUCAGAAGUUGCAGCAUCACAUAGACAGUUUGGCAGAUUGAAUAUCAACAGUUUUUGUUUAAAUUUUUUACCAUUUUCUAAGAUAAAUCUGAUAUGUGCACCAAAAUCGAAA